AAAAAUCUGAGUCGAGUGACCUCCUUUCCUAAAACAAAGGGUGGGCGUUUCUAAAAAAACAAAGAGCAGCUCUGCAACUGCAACACAAAAUAUAUUUUUUCUUUCGUAUUCUCUAAUCGCCUCAUCAAUUGACGAAGAGGAAUCUAGGAUCGGAACGAAAAUGUACUACUCGUACACCCCAACUUACUAUUCUUCGCUCCACGACACGAUUACUACUCUCUGCAAGAACAUCCUCCCCUUUUCCUUCAAGAAGAAGCGCUUGACUGGUCUUACUGCCGAUCAGAAGCUCGCCAAGCAACAGUCGGAAAAUCUCAAAUGGCAGCAGGAAUCAUUUCACCGGAUUCUAAACCUCAUUGGUCUCCACAAGGAAGGAAUUGUUCCGGAAAGUGAGGUCUCUGCUUUUCGAAUUCACCUCCUUGAAACUCUUAUCGCUUCUCCAGCCGAUCUAGAACAACCAACAAUCAUCAGGGACAAGUUGCUUUUCUUGCAGGAGCUGUUUUACGCUAAAUGCAUUUCCAUGGACGAGUAUCACUCUUCGAAGAGACCUCUGUUACAGCGAAUGGCUGUUCAAGGAGCUGUGAUCGAUGCUAGAGAUGUAAUUGUUGCUGGUUCCUCCGAGAACCCAGUAGAGGAGUGGUCUGUUAUCCAACGUAAGGAUGAGGAAUUCUUGAUGGAUAAAGACAGACUGCAAUCGAAAACCAAGCCCAAGAAUAGGACCCCAAUGAAACCUAUCAAAGGAGCUGCCGUCAUGAUUGAUUUUGGCUCGUCUCAUAAACUAGAAAAAAAUGAGGGAAUGAAGGGGGAAAUAAAUCCCAUUGCAGAAUCCUUGGAGCAAGAUUUUAGGGAUUUCGAAGAAAACCCAUUUUGGGAUUUUCCUUCUAAAGAGAUGGAAAGCGAGAGCCGGCCCAUUCUAAUGUCAGAAAGCUCACCACCAGUAUCAAUUAUGGCUGAGAAGGAAGGAGGAAGCACAGUGAAAAAGAAACCAUUCCGUGCUCUGUUUCAGAGAGAACAGAGAGAUGAAAACGCCGGCGAUUGGGUCCAAGAUCGAAACGAGGCAGCAUCAAAAAUGGAAAAGAAGCAAUGGGGAUUUAAUGGGUUGAAAAAGUGGAAGAGAAGUAAUCCAGAGGACGAAACAACUCCUCUGCCUCUUGGAGAAAGAUCCGACGACCAUCAUGCUUCUUCGAUCCCUUGCGAACUUAUUCAUAGCCCAAUCGGGGUGGGGCCAACCACCAAAUCGAUGAAGAAGAUCCACUCAGAUGGUUCUGCACCAGAUUUCUGCAUUGACAAGGCUCUGGGAGAGAACAUAAAGAAGGAAUUGUCGCGAAUCCAAACUGAACUCAACACCAAAAAUCCGAACCUUCAAUUCUCGAAUAACCAAGUUGAAGCAAUUUCAACGCGGCUGCCGGCCGAUAAAGCUGAACUGAAGAAGUUCUUCCCCAAGUCAUGGUGUGAUAGACAUGGCGACGUUGUUCUAGACGUGGUGAGGAAAGAAUUCAAUGAUCAUGUGGGUGAGAUAGAAAGCAAGAGAAAUGCUGCCAAAGAGAGGCAUGGAGACUCGGUGGGAUGGGUGACCUUUGAAGACAACAACGAGAACUCUCAUCCAAAUUUCUUUGCUGCUCACCAUCUCUGAUUCUUUUAUGUAAUUAUGCGAGUGCAGAGUUGGGGGAAUUCUGAAGACAACAAUGAGAACUGGCUUCUCAACAAAUCUCUUUGCUCACCAUUUCUGAUUCUUUUAUUUAAUUACGCAAGUCCAGAGUUGGGGGUCAUGAUAGCCUCACUAGUUCUGUAUGAGGCUCAACCUCCUCCUUUGCUAAAUAAAUAAAUAAUAUUUUCUUCAGAUAAAAUAAUGAAAGUUUUGGAUUUUCUCUCUC